AUGAAGAUGCUAUCUUUCAACGCUAGAGGUCUGGGUGAAGGGGCCAAGCGUAGGGUCAUCAGAGAGAUGGUGGCUAAUAAUCAUGUAGAGGUUUUAUGUAUCCAGGAAUCAAAGUUACAAUAUUUAGACAAGAGGAUCUGUUCACAGAUUUGGGGCGACUCGAAUUUUGAGUGGAGAGUGAUCCCAGCUGUUAACAGAAGUGGUGGGUUGAUCUGCAUUUGGAAUCCCAGUGUUUUCAGUCUUGUUGAUUGUGUCACGGGUACUGGAUUCUUGGGCCUUAUAGGUACUUGGGUAAGCAUUCAGCAGCAAUGUGUGAUAGUUAAUGUGUAUUCACCUUGCGACAUGGUGGGCAAGAGAGCUUUGUGGGGUGAGCUUAUUCGUUGGCGCCAUGGCUGUCAGAUUGCUUCUUGGUGCCUAGCGGGCGAUUUCAAUGCGGUUCGGUCCCCAGAUGAAAGACGAGGAGCAGCAGGGGCUCUUAAUUCUCAUAGAUUGGAGACGCAUGAAUUUAAUUCCUUUAUUGCUGAUAUGGAGUUAUUAGAUGUGCCACUUGCAGGUAGGAAAUUCACUUGGCGCCGUCCGAACAAUCGUGCACAAAGCAGGAUUGAUAGGUUCCUGGUGUCGCAUGAGUGGAGCUCUUUAUGGCCUGACUGUUCUCAACUAGUCCUACAGCGCGAUGUCUCCGAUCAUUGUCCAAUUCUUCUCCGGCAGAAAUUUCAGAAUUGGGGGGCAAGGCCUUUUAGGGUCCUAAAUUGUUGGCUUGACGAUCCGCGGCUUGUCCCCUUUGUUGAGCGUUCCUGGGCUGAGGUGCAGGUCUCUGGUUGGGGGGCGUACUCCCUGAAGGAAAAAUUAAAAGGGCUGCGGGGGAAAUUAAAAGCAUGGAACUUAGAGGUCUUUGGCGAACUGAAGUCUAAGAGCGAUGAUGUUGUGAAGCAAAUUAACUUGCUGGAUGUAAAAGAGGAUGCGGUGGGGUUAUUGCCGGCUGAGGUUGAUGCUCGUAAUUUGCUCUAG